UAAUUAUUAAUCGUAUUACCUAUAUUCAUCGUGUAAGAUCAUAUUUUUCUUAUACAUUAGGUUGUUGAGUUUUUUGGUUGCAAGCUUUCUUUGGUUUCACACCAUAUUAUUUUUCAUAUCACUUCGCCAUUGUCAUUAUAUAAAGACAUAAAGAUUAUUGGUGUUCAUAUACAACUAUAUUCUUGGACAAGUUCUGAUUUCUUCUUCUGCUUCUAGGGUUUCUCUUUGUUGGGCUUGAUUUUCUACGGCAAUCUUAUCUGCUUCCAAGCUUUGAUCACUGCAACGAAUUUUCCGUGCCGAAGCUUGCUCUGUUUGGAAGCUCCGAAUUUCUCUGUUUAUCUGCAGAGCUCUGUUUUUGACUGAACUUUGAUCAAGGAUGGCCAUAAAGGCAAUUGAAUUGUUGAAAGGAGGUGAAAACCAUGAAGAGAUAAUGGAGGUUCUUGCAGCAGUGGCUGCAGAUUUGGGAGAUGUAAUAGAUGAUCUGAACUCUUUGCUGGUAAAACCUCUAAAAGGAGCAAUGACCAAUGAGGUUUUUGAGGUAAAUUGGCCAACCAAAAGUGAUGGUCAUCAGAGAAAGGUUCUGGUUCGAUUAUAUGGUGAAGGUAUUGAGGUUUUCUUCAACAGGGUUGAUGAAAUCCAAACCUUCGAAUCCAUGUCAAAGCAUGGACAGGGUCCACGCCUUCUUGGACGGUUCACCACUGGCAGAGUUGAAGAGUUCAUUCAUGCCAAAACACUCUCAGCUGCGGACCUCCGUGACCCUCAAAUAUCUGCUUUGGUAGCAUCUAAGAUGAGAGAGUUUCACAAUCUUCACAUGCCUGGUACAAAGAAAGCACAGCUUUGGCAGCGAUUGAGGAAAUGGCAUAGUCAUGCCAAAAGUUUGUGCUCUCCAAAAGAUAUUAAGAAUUUUGGCCUGGAACAUCUAGAUACUGAAAUAAAUAUGCUUGUGGAGUUGCUAUCACAAGGAUAUCAAGAGAUUGGUUUUUGUCACAAUGAUCUUCAAUAUGGUAACAUAAUGAUGGAUGAAGAUACAAGGGCAAUCACUUUAAUUGACUACGAAUAUGCCAGUUACAACCCUGUUGCAUACGAUCUAGCAAAUCAUUUCUGUGAAAUGGUGGCAAACUAUCACAAUGACCAACCUCAUGUUCUUGACUACACUAAAUAUCCCGGUCUUGAAGAGCGUCAAAGGUUUGUUUAUAAUUAUUUGAGUUCUGAAGGUAAGGAACCAAGCAGCAGUGAAGUGGAACAGCUACUUAAUCUUGCAGAAAAAUACACUCUUGCCAACCAUCUAUUUUGGGGCUUAUGGGGACUUAUUUCGAGUUAUGUCAACACAAUUGACUUUGACUACAAGGAGUAUGCAAGGCAGAGGUUUCAGCAGUACUGGUUGAAGAAGGCUACUUUAUUGGACUCUCCAAGCGUCAUUUCGGAACAUGGAAUGGUCAAAGGUUCACACCAUUGACAUGAUUGCUUCUUUUGUACUUAGUGUAGUUCUCCUUGGUAUGUAUGGAUUAAUAAUGUAGAUAGGAAUGCAGUGAUGCAUAAAAUCUGUAAAUAAAUAAUAAGUAUAAUGUGUGAUGGGUUUUUCCUAUAUUAAAACAGUUGUUAUAAUCCCUCCGUUUGGAAUAGGUUCAGGAAUGAAAGGAAAAUGUCUAGUUGUGUUGUCA